AGAGGAGACCCUAAUUUACACACAAUUUACGGCCAUCUCUGCAAUUCUGUUUUACUCUUUCAUCAGGACGCCAUGUCUCUUGUCGAAUCAGGAUUCUCCAAGGAUCCGAACCUGAACCAGGUCCCGCCGGAGGAGGACGACAAGAUCCAGACUGAUGGAAAGCACAAGUUUGCUGAAGACUCUCUAUCUCAACUUGAAGUAGAGGAAGAAGAGGAAGAAGAGGAAGAAGAUGAAGAUGAAGAUGAAGAAGGAGAAGGAGGAGAAGAAGAAGACGAAGCAGAAGAAGAAUUUGAGAUGUGUGAUGUUUGUUUGAAGGACAAGGAACACUGGACAGAUGAAUGCCCGUACUUGGUUCGUAUCCCAAACCCAAUGGAAGUAACUCUUGGCAAAGGCUAUGAGUUAGUUUGUGCGCACUGUAACGUGAAGGGUGGCCACUCUGAUAUAGUCGGCACACAAUGUAAUUGGUGGGGGGGCAACCCUAAUAGGAGGUGGGAAGGACGUGCUAUUAUCAAGGUUUGUGGUAUUUGUGAGGGCGUACUCCACUGGUCUGCAGAGUGCCCAAACAAGGACUCAUUACCAAAGCCAAAGAGUCUGUUGGAGUGUGCUGCUGAGUAUCGCUCUUGGUUGGCUACCAAAAAAUGUCAAGCUGCUUGAUAGCCUUGAUUUGUUGAAUCAUAACUUCUAGCACAAUAUAUGCACUGAGUUUUUCUCUAAAAUCAGUAUUAAUAUAUGUAUGUCGGCUAAUCAUCAUUUGGAAGACAAACUUAUGCAGCGUUUUUAUCUAUGAAGUAAAAUCAGUAUUAAUA